AUGGUAUCCAAAGGUGAGAACAAUUUUGCUGAAAAAAAUUCUUCUACAGUUGUUGCUAAAGAAGACGAUAAAGAAAGUAUAGUACCACUGGAUAUUUUUGUCAAGGACGUGAAUGAUCACGCACCUGUUUUCUCGCAACCGAUUUACAGUGCUACUACAAAGGAAGAUAUUCCAUCAGGGCAUACUAUUCUCACUGUGCAAGCAGAUGAUAAAGAUGAUGGUGACAAUGCCCAAAUUAGAUACCAUUUGAGUGAUGGCAAUUUCACUAUCAACAACCAAGGCGAAAUAUCUGCAAGAGCACGUUUAGAUGCCGACCAAAAUCGAGAACGUUUCUUCAUUUAUCGUUUCAAUGUCACUGCAACUGAUUCUGGCUCACCUCCAUUGACUACUACAGCUGUAAUACAUAUCCGCACGGAAAAUACAAACGAUGAAGCUCCAAUAUUCAUCCCAAAUAGAAGUUACCAUGCUUUUGUUGCUGAAGAUGCUCAAGGUGGCACACCCGUAGUGCAAAUCCAAGCAAUCGACCCAGAUCGAGAUCAGGUUUUUUAUUCAUUUCUAUUGCCAAAUGGUGAAGAAACUUUAACAACAAAAUUGUUUGAAAUUGAUCGAGAUACUGGAUUAAUACGGCUUGGAAUAAAUGUGAAGUCAGAAGAUCUAAUUUAUGAAGAAUCCCCUUACAAUCUCACUGUAGCUGCACGCGAUGAUGGAUCUUGUUGUGGCGAACGCAAAAGCCAGAUUCAUAUGCAAACUGCUACAGUUUCCAUUGAUAUUGCGGAUGUGAAUAAUAACAAACCAGAAUUCCGUGAUUGUGAUACUUACAGUAAGAUUGCCAAGAUUGAAGAGGGUGAUUAUAAAGAAAAUGCACCGGUCAUCUUGAAGGUGAUUGCUACAGAUGAAGACUCGCCACCAAAUGGAGAGAUCGUUUAUUCAUUGUAUUAUGCACAGUCAGAAUCACGCAAGCCAUUUGUUAUCAAUCCAGAGACAGGUGAAUUGAAACCAUCACCAUUUGUACGUUUUGAUCGAGAGCAAAGAGCACAAGAAGAAGUUACUGUUAAAGCAACAGACAAAGGUGAAAGACCAUUGAUUGGAUUCUGUCAGUUUACAGUUCAAGUUCUCGAUGUGAAUGAUAAUGCACCACAAUUCGAUCGAGCAUUCUAUGAAACCUCAAUUUCGAGAUCAGUUGCUGCUGGAUAUUCGGUGCUGACAGUUUUUGCGGAUGAUGCUGAUGCUCCACAAAAUGCGCGGAUAACCUAUUCAUUGGUUGAAGAUGCAUUGGCUGGUAAAGAACAUCGCCAAGAUUUCAACUUCUUCCAAAUCAUUAACAAGAACAGCGGAGAAAUCACUCUGAUCAACCAAAUCCCAUCUAAUAAAGAUCGAUUUGUUUUCAAUGUGGUAGCUGACGAUAAUGGAAAACCAUUCUCGCAAAAAAGUACUGUGCAAGUUGUAGUAAAUGUUCACGAAAAACAACAAAGUGCCCCACAAUGGCAAACAACUGGAGAAUGUCAAUCAAUAAUCACUGUUGACGAAGAUAUCGCGAUUAAUUCAGUCUUGCUGCGAUGUUUAGCGAUUCCAGGAGAUGGUUCUAAAAGUCCAAUAUCUUACAAAAUGGCAAAUGGUGCUAGUCGAGGGACUAACAAUGAAAUGCAUUUCCGAGAAUUCUUAGAAAAAUCAAACGGACGAGAUUGGGUUGUAGUGAGAAAUAUGAUUGGUUUAGACUUUGAACAACAACAAAAUUAUACUCUAACUUUAACAGCUAUGGAUAUGCGAAGUUUAGUGACAUCAGAUAAACAAUUUCAUGUCGUAAUUCAAGAUAAGAAUGAUGUAGUACCUCGAUUUACUGUAGAUCUUUUUACGGGUACUAUUGAAGAAGAACAAACGCCCACAGAAUUUCUUACGAAGUAUAGUGGAAACCCAAUAACUGUAGUAAAGGCAGAAGAUGCGGAUUCACCUGGACCACAGUCAGAAGUUCGAUAUCAAAUCAUUGGGGACGGUGAAACAGGAGCUGCAAGAUUAUUCCGAAUUAACGAAAUUACAGGUGGUAUAUUUCCACUGGAAAUUUUUGAUCGCGAAAAAAAUGAUUCGUUCAUAUUCGAUGUAGAAGCACGAGAUAGUGCUCCUUCGAGUUUGCCUGGUGCUUCUGGACCUAAUAAAGAUAUUGUCAAAGUACAAAUUUUUGUGGCUGACAUAAAUGAUAAUGCUCCUUACUUUGAGCAAACUCGAUAUGAAGCUCGAAUUGCUGAAAAUGCUGAAAUUAAUCAAGAUGUGAUCACUGUUAAAGCUCAUGAUCUUGACCGAUUAUCGAAUCUCAAAUAUGAUCUCUAUGCUGUUUACGGUGGACGCAUACCAUUUGGCGUUCGAACCGAUUCAGGUGCAUUAUUUGUUAAAGAACCGCUUGAUUAUGAAAAGGAAAAUGUGUACCACAUGAAGUUGUUUGUGACUGAUGGCAAGCAUAAUGCUACAACUGAUUUGUACGUAUAUAUUGAUGAUAUAAAUGAUAACGCACCACAAUUUGAGAAAAAUUUAUAUGAGAUCACAAUUUUCGAGGAAGAUUACAAUGUACCAAAAACAUUAUUCAUUGUAAAAGCAAAUGAUGCUGAUAAGGAUGGUUCUUCAAAAAUUAUUUAUCGUCUCGAAGGUCAAGGAGUUGGAGAGUUCUUCCGAGUUGGCCGAUAUAGUGGUCACGUAGAAGCGAUUCGACCGUUAGAUCGCGAUCCACCAGCAGGUGUACCUGUCUGGAAGUUCAUUGUACAAGCAGUUGAUGAUGAUGGACGUGGCUUGAUUGGUUAUGCUGACGUGCAGGUUAAUUUGAAAGAUAUAAACGAUAAUCCACCAGUAUUUGCUGGUAAUUUGCUGGGAAUGAUUGAUGAGAACCGAGAUCCCGGAGGUGAAGGAGCAUUUGUAAUGACAGUAUCUGCAACUGAUUAUGAUGAUCCUCGAACUGAUAAUGCUCGAUUAGAAUAUAGCAUUACGGUAAACAAAGAAAUUGAAGGUGAACCAGUUUUUCGGAUUAUCCCAAGCAAUGGAAAGAUCUAUGCCAUGCGUAAAUUGGAUCGUGAAUUGCCUUCUGAGAAACAGUUCGUAAUUGAAGUUCGAGCUACUGACAAAGGCUCACCACCACUUGAAGGAACUGGAAAUGUAACCAUCCGUGUUACCGAUGUAAACGAUAAUGAGCCAUAUUUUGAAAAAAACUUAUAUUUCGGAUCAGUUGCGGAAACUGCCUCUAUCGGCUCCGCGGUCACUAGUAUAUCUGCUUUAGACAAGGAUACAGAAGCAAGUGACAAUUUAUUUUCGUAUGAAUUGAUGGAUGACCAUCAGUACUUUUACAUUACGACGGAAGCUGAUUCAAGCAGAUCAAGUGUUGGAGUAUUACGAGUUAGAAAGGUUUAG